AUGGUGCCACUGUCCCAGAUCUUCGGCCUCCUGCUCCUCUGUGUACCAGGUUCCAGUGCACAGAUAGUGCUCACGCAGGCUGACAGGGUACUGUCAGCAUCUCCGGGAGAGAGAAUCUCUGUGAGCUGCAGGGCCAGUGAGAGCCUGCUCUACUCAGACGGGAAGCACUACUUAUCCUGGUACCAGUUUAAGCCUGGAAAGGCCCCUGUGGGGCUCCUUUACCAUGCCUCCACCCUAUUUUCGGGGGUGUCCUCCCGCUUCAGUGGCAGUGGGUCUGGCACAGACUUCACCCUCACCAUCACGAACAUGGAGCCAGGCGACUAUGCAGAAUACUACUGUCUCCAAACCCUAAAAAGCCCUUACACUGUGGUUGAUGGGACCAAAGUGGAAAUCAAACGAUCUAAUGCUCAGCCAACUGUAUUUUUAUUCCCACCAUCUGAGGAGCAGUUAAAGACGGGGUCUGUCACUGUUGUGUGCAACAUAAAUGGCUUCUACCCAAAAGACAUCAACGUCAAGUGGAAAGUAGAUAACAAUGAAUAUACGAGGGACAUCAUGAACAGUCUCAGAGAUCAGGACAGCAAGGACAGCACCUACAGCCUCAGUAGCUUCCUGACGAUGCCCAGUUCAGAGUACCAAAGCCAUAAUGAAUUCAUCUGUGAGGUCAAGCAUGCAAGCAUGACCUCUCCGCUUUCCAAGAGCUUCAAUAGAUAA